GACCCGCUCUGAUUGGUGGAACUCGGCAGCAGAAUCGCGCCAGUUUUUGCAGCUUCUCAGCUCUUCAGGCAGAGCUGCAUCAUCAGUCAGGAAAACAUUUUUUAGCUAAAAUAUUCAUACAUUUACCUUUAGUAACGUGAUUAUUCCACAAUUCGCAACAAACAUGGCACCAAAGGAUUACAUGGCGGAGAAGGAGAAGUGCAGGCGCUUCCUGCAGGAGUUCUACAGCGAGGAUGACUCCGGGAAGAAGGUGUUCAAAUACGGCGCUCAGCUGGUGUCCCUGGCGCACCGUGAGCAGGUGGCGCUGGUGCUGGAUCUGGAUGAUGUGGCGGAGGAAGACCCUGAGCUGGUGGAGAGUGUGUGUGAGAACGCCAGGCGUUAUGCAGGACUGUUUGCGGACGCUGUGCACGAGUUGCUGCCGGAGUACAGAGAGCGAGAGGUUGUGGCAAAGGAUGCCUUGGAUGUUUAUAUUGAGCACCGGCUGAUGAUGGAGACCAGAGGUCGUGACCCCGCAGAUACACGUGACCCUCGGAACCAGUAUCCAGCUGAACUUAUGCGCAGAUUUGAGGUGUAUUUCCGUCCUCCGUCCACGCUGAAGCCCAAGGUGGUGCGUGACGUGAAGGCCGACAGCAUUGGUCAGCUGGUGACCGUCAGGGGAAUCGUCACCAGAGCCACGGAGGUCAAACCCAUGAUGGCCGUGGCCACCUACACCUGUGAUCAGUGCGGAGCGGAGACCUACCAGCCUAUCUCCUCUCCCAGCUUUACGCCGCUCAUCAUGUGUCCCAGUCAGGAGUGUGUCACCAACAAAUCUGGAGGACGGCUGUACCUGCAGACACGUGGGUCAAAGUUCAUCAAGUUCCAGGAGCUGCGCAUUCAGGAGCAUAGCGAUCAGGUGCCGGUGGGAAACAUCCCUCGCAGCAUGACCAUUUACGCUCGGGGAGAGAACACGCGUGUGGCGCAGCCUGGAGAUCACGUGGCUGUUUCUGGAAUAUUCCUUCCUCUGCUGCGCUCUGGAUUCAGACAGGCUGUACAGGGUCUGCUGUCAGAGACGUAUCUGGAGUGUCACUGCAUCACACUGAUGAAUAAGACUGAGGAUGAUGAACUGGGAACUGAAGAGCUAAGUGAUGAAGAGCUGCGUCAGAUCACUGAGGAGGAUUUCUACGAGAAGCUGGCAGGAUCGAUCGCUCCAGAGAUCUACGGCCAUGAGGACGUGAAGAAGGCUCUGCUGCUGCUGCUGGUGGGUGGAGUGGAGCAGGCUCCCCGAGGGAUGAAGAUCAGGGGGAACAUUAACAUCUGUCUGAUGGGAGAUCCAGGUGUGGCCAAGUCUCAGCUGCUGUCCUACAUCGACCGUCUCGCCCCUCGCAGUCAGUACACAACAGGUCGUGGCUCGUCCGGCGUGGGGCUGACGGCGGCGGUCAUGCGUGACCCGGUCACUGGUGAGAUGACACUGGAGGGCGGCGCUCUGGUGCUGGCCGAUCUGGGCGUGUGCUGCAUAGACGAGUUUGAUAAGAUGGCCGACACUGACCGCACAGCUAUCCAUGAGGUCAUGGAGCAGCAGACCAUCUCCAUCGCCAAGGCCGGCAUCAUGACGUCUCUGAACGCACGCUGUUCUAUCCUGGCCGCAGCGAACCCUGCGUACGGCCGCUACAACCCUCGCAAAACCAUCGAGCAGAACAUCCAGCUGCCGGCGGCACUACUGUCGCGCUUCGACCUGCUCUGGCUCAUCCAGGACAAACCUGAUGCAGACAAUGACCUGCGUCUGGCGCAGCACAUCACAUACGUGCACCAGCACUGCAAGCAGCCGCCCACACACUUCAGCCCCAUCCACAUGAAGCUCAUGAGGCGUUACAUCAGUAAAUGUAAGCAGAAGCAGCCGGUGGUCCCUGAGACUCUGUCUGAUUACAUCACAGCUGCGUACGUAGAGAUGAGGAAAGAGGCACGAGUCAGUAAAGACACAACCUUCACCUCAGCCCGCACACUGCUGUCCAUCCUGCGCCUUUCCACUGCCCUGGCUCGUCUGCGGAUGGUGGAGGUUGUAGAGAAGGAGGAUGUUAAUGAGGCCAUGCGACUAAUGGAGAUGAGCAAAGACUCGCUACAGGCCGACAAGACCAGCAACACCAGGGCGCAGCGCCCAGCGGACGUGAUCUUCUCUCUGCUCCGGGAGCUGGCCGGCGAGGGCUCGGCGAGGUCUGUACGUUUGGCUGAGGCCGAGCAGCGCUGUGUGUCUCGAGGCUUCACUCCGGCACAGUUCCAGGCCGCUCUGGACGAGUACGAGGAGCUGAACGUGUGGCAGAUCAACCAAGCUCGCUCACGCAUCACGUUUGUGUGAAGAAACACCAGUGACUGGACAUGAUCUCAUGCCUUUCAAUCUUUCUGCCUGAUCUUUUGGGAAGAGGAGACGAGUUUAGUUUGUUUUGCUUUUUAAUUACCUGAAAUAAAUGCUGUAAAUAGA